UCUGUGAUUAUAGCUGUUAAUGUUAAAAAUGUUUGAAAUUCAUUAAAAAAAUUGAAUGUAUGUAAUUGUGUGCCCAACUGCUUAAGUCAGAAUAGGAGUAUAAAUCUCGUAGGUAGCCUCUGGGGUGGAAAGACUCUUUUGUAAUUGCUAUGGCUUCUAAAGGUAGGGAUAAAAAUUUGGCCUGGGGAUGUUGUGUGGAGAGUUCCAUAGGGCAAAUGUAGGUUUGCACAUAAGUAGCGCGUUUACUUCAGACAAUCAGAGCCCUUACUGCGCUUUAUUAACACUUGUUCAUGGGAUGGCUGCUAUUACAGCUCAAGUUAUUCAUGAUGAUGAGGAUAUCUUUCUUGGUAAUAUUUGUCUUCUAUUACUUAAUAAGAAUGGGUUAUUAAGUUACGAAAAUCCGAAUUAUCACAUAGGUCCAUCAGAUAGAUUGGAUGACGCAUUAAAUUCAAAUACAGAAAGUAUAUUUGACGAUUUAUAUCAAGAUAUAGAUGGUAUUUAUAAUAUGGGCCAAGGCGUAAAAGUACCUGUAAUGGGUACUACUGGUCGAAAAGUAUAUGCUGCCUUAGACAUUGGCUCUAUGGGAGUAGAUGUAAAUACAGGACCAUUCACAGAAACUGAUUCUUCAAAUAAUGUAGAUAAUAGGGAUAAUGAAUGGAAUGGAAAUACUCUUUCUCAAAUGGAUAUUAAUGAAAGUGCAACUGUUUGGGAAAAUAUUUGUGAGACAAAAGAUGUAAGCAACAAAGACGAAAAUACUGAAGUGAAACACAUAAUUGGAAAUAUUACAGAUGAUUUAUAUGCUAUUCCUAUGAAAAAAUGUGAUAAAACGAUUACAGACCAAAGAAAAUCAAUAAAUUCAGAAAAAGAAUGGAGCAAUCAUAAUGAAUUACCUCCAGGAUGGGAAAAACAUGAGGAUAAUGAUGGUCCAUAUUACUGGCAUAUAAAAAGUGGAACAAUACAAAGAGAAAUUCCAUGCACAGAAGAUCAGAAAAUGGAAAAGUCUGAAUCAAAAUGUAGUAUAAAAGAGAGUGACUUCAUUUCUUCAUUUGAAAACAGCAUAUCAGUAACAAGGAGUAGUACUAGUUCUGCUUUAGAUUUGGAAAGUGAUGAUAAAAAAAGGAAAGAAGACACGGCAUUAAAGCGAAGAAGUUAUCCUUCAAAACCUGAUAUAGAAGUUAAAGAACGUCCAAUAAGAUUCGCGGUUAGAUCGCUUGGAUGGGUUGAAAUUUCUGAAGAGGAUUUAACUCCAGAAAGAAGUAGUAAAGCUGUUAAUAAGUGCAUAGUUGAUCUAUCUUUAGGAAAAAAUGAUUUGUUGGAUGUUGUGGGAAGGUGGGGCGAUGGUAAAGAUUUAUUUAUGGAUUUAGAUGAAGGAGCUUUAAAGUUAUUUGAUCCAGAAAAUUUAACUGUAUUAAAUACCCAACCGAUUCAUACAAUAAGAGUGUGGGGAGUUGGAAGGGACAAUGGAAGAGAAAGGGAUUUUGCAUAUGUAGCUAGAGACCGUAGCACUCGUAAACACAUGUGCCAUGUUUUUCGUUGUGACAUGCCAGCUCGAACAAUUGCUAAUACAUUAAGAGAUAUCUGUAAAAAAAUAAUGAUUGAGAGAAGCUUGCAACAAAAUCUUGGGAAAAAUGUAGAUAUUAAUGGGAAGACCGUAGCCACCAGGCCAAAUAAUUUACCAACAGAACACAGGCGUACGACCAGAAAUAGUCAAAUUUUUAUUUCCCAGUCUUUUCCUACACCUAUGGAGGAACCAAAAAAGAUACUCAGAGCUGAAUAUCUUGGAUGCACUCAAGUAUCAAGUGCUACUGGAAUGGACACUAUAAAUGAAUCUAUAGAUAAACUUAUAACUUCUAUACCUCAAAAUCAGUGGCAACCAGUUAAUAUAUCCAUAGCACCUUCUAUGAUAACCAUUCACCAUCCAACUGAUGAUCACCUUAUUGCAGAGUGUCGAGUUAGAUACCUGUCGUUCUUGGGAAUAGGUAGAAUAAUAAAACAUUGUGCAUUUAUUAUGCAUACAGCACAAGAUACAUUUAUGUCACACGUAUUUUACUGUGAACCCUCUUCUGGAGCUUUAUGUAAAACUAUUGAAGCAGCUUGUAAGCUUCGAUAUCAGAAAUGUUUAGACGCUCAUCCACAAGGUUUAGGAGGUAGUAAUACAAUUCUACACACGCCUGGUACUAGCAUUGGAGCCGCUUUAAAAUCUAUAGUGGGAUCUUUAAGGAGUCGAAAAAAUAAAACUGUAGAUUCCUGAGAAAAAGUUUUGACUCUGCAGGAAUCUGGACUGGUCUCUGCAGAGCGUGAAGUAAUUAAACACCGACACCUGCAAUCUCCACUAACACCGAAGUAUUUUAGCACUAGUCUACCUUCAGCUAACUUCAACUCAUUUAUUUCGCUUUCGGCGGAACAAAGUUAUGUACAUCUUGCUCGUUGGGAUUCUAUCGAUUAAGUUUAUUAAUUUUACAGUUUACAAUUUCUUAAUUAUGUAUAUGUUUCAUUAUAAAAAAUUCACCUUAUCUCC